AUGCACAGGGUUCCCGCCAGAGGGGAAGAAGAUGAAAGGAGGACGACCCCCGAGGCGUCUUUGCCUUCUGGCAGCCGCUCCCCCCUCCCCAUCUUCAUCUUCCCUCCCGCUCUGGACUUCUACGCCGAUGACCAGGCCAGCCACAAGCAGGUGCUGACCCUGUACAACCCCUUCCCCCGAGUGCUCCGAUACAAAGUUCUCUCCACGGCCCCCCUACGGUACACAGUGGUGGAUGCUGAAGGACUGGUCAAGCCAAAUUCCUGCAUUGACAUAGUCACUCGGCACCGCGAUAUCCGAGCGCGACAUUACGGCAGCACAGACAAGUUCCGUGUGGAGGUGUGGGAAGAGGGCGGAGGACGAGGAGUGGGAGGGAGGAAGGACAUUCCUGCCACACUACAUCCAACCAGACCCCAGUCCAGAGAGAGAGUAACAAGUGAAUCACCCAAGUGGCACCCACCUUCCCACGUCUUCUCAGUGCGCCAUGGUAGGGGAGUUCCACGCCCACUGUCCCCUGGCUUGUUUGGGCUCUACAUUCUGGUGGGAUUGGUAUCUCUGGUGGUCCUGAUGCUUCCGUUACAUGGCGACCCCCGGAGCUUCCUCCAUGAGAAUCUCCAUGUGUCCGUUGUCCAGAAACUUGUUGCUGCUUACGUGUUGGGUACGAAUCUAAUAAUUCAGUCUCUCCAGAGUCUUCUCUGUCUAUGA